AUGGUCCAAUAUAUGCCCCUUGCUACCGACAGCGGAAUGAGUGAUCAUAUGGACGAUUUCGAGCUUCCAAAUAUCGACCUGGAAAAGAUCCCUGAACAACACUUACCCAAGUGGUAUCGAUUGCCCGGCUGGCAGAUGUCCUUGAGAUGGGAGGUCCCAUCAAAAUGGAGUUUCUGGACAACAGCCGACCUACCCAACGUAAAGACAGCCGCAUCUCUCAUUCUCGCUGGCGUUGUUGUUGCACUCCCGCGGUUUUUGCGACCAGGCGGUUUGAAAAGGAAGAAAAAACUACACCCAACUGCUUAUUUGGAUGCUUUGAGAGGCUGGGCGGCUCUUCUCGUCCUGCGAUUUCACAUGUUCUGGAACAGAACGUGGCUCUUAGAGCAGCCAGUCAUCCGCGGUUUUCUCAACGGUCGAGCCAUGGUUGAAGUAUUUUUCGUCAUCUCUGGAUACGUUCUCAGUUAUCGACUUCUCAAAAUGAUGCGCAAUCAGCAGCACGACCUCCUGCGGGCUUUGGCCUCGUCGACAUUUAGACGAUGGUUUCGACUAUUCAUUCCGACGGGCUUCGGCUCUUUGAUCGUUGCCACCGCCUCGUAUCUCGGUUGGUGCCGAGGGGAUCUCCAUCAGGACUCUUUCCCUGCUCAAAUGUGGGAUUGGUUCUGGGAUUUUGCCUGUACUACCAAUCCUUUCGCUGAUAUCAAGGGCUGGUGGUAUCCAAGCGUCUUCCGCACGAAAUACCUGGAUCCGAUGUGGACUAUCCCCGUCGAGUUCAGAGGAAGCAUAGUGCUCUUCUCAUUCUGUGCAGUCGCCGCUUUCCUAUCUACAAGAGGUCGGAGGAUCUGUUGCAGUAUUUUGAUACUUCUCUGUUACUUCUGGUGGACGAUAUAUGCUGCCCUGUUCCUGAUCGGUCUGAUGAUCGCGGAUCUUUCAUUCGAUCGCCACCCAGAACGCCUGCGCCCCAUGCCUCUUCCACAGCAACAGGACAACGAAGCAUCAUCGAGCCGCAGAGCCAGUCAGCAAAUCCUCAACAAGGUCGGAUGCAGUCUUCUGGUCGUUGUGGCACUGUUCUGCUUCGGAAUUCCACAAGAUGGAUGGAGCUACCAAGGGCCCUUUCCAUGGGACUAUCUCAGCAAAGUCAUACCGUGGUGGUAUCCUAUCGAGACGACCGAAUACUUCUGGCUCAGUAUUGGAGCCGCCAUUCUGGUUUUCGCUUUGGAUAAUUGCCGCAUGCUUCAGAUUCCUUUCGAACUGGGCUUCUCUCAAUAUCUGGGAGACCUCUCUUUUGGUAUCUACGUCAUGCAUGAUAUCGUCAACUGGUGCUUUUAUGAACCUAUUGUUGAACCUUGGCGUGCUGCACACCUUGGUGAUGGUUACUGGUCAGGCCUCCCCGGGAUUUUGAUUACAACAACUGUGGUGCUCUGGACUGCAGACUAUUUCUCUAGGAUUGAUAUCUGGGUCGUACGGUUUGGCAGAUGGUUAGAGUCGAAGGCCUUUGUCAAGUGGCAAAACUAA